CCACCACAACAAAGAUGGCUGACGUCAAAACAAGAAAAUCGAGAUUGCUUCUUUGAGGCUGUUGGAGUAGCUAAAAUCCUUGCAGCAUGACUUCAGUGCAGUCUGGCGACUACACUCUGCUGUCACAGUAUGACACGGGCAACGAACUGCUGCCGUUGGAAGAUGGCUACCUGGAUGACCUUGACUCCUCAGGUGAAGGUCAUGGCUCAGAAUCUCCAGAACUGUCGGGACAUCGGUCAAGCGAGGAACUGUCCUUAGGUUCCACAGAUGGCAAUCAGCAACCACAAUCCCAGUUCUUUUUUUCUCUAUCGCAGAGUGUCUGUUAUACCAAAUUUUGUACAGUCAGUCGUAAACUUGCAGUGUUUCUUCUUACCAAUGUGAUUGUCUCUGUGUUCACCAUUCUGUUAGGGUUAUGCCUCACAGGAGGGUUGCUAUACUACACUAUAUUUGUUCACCAGCCAAAGCUGGUCAUUGACAAGUCGCUGAAUUCUUUCAACAUUCCCAAUCAUGAAGUGUCAAUACGAGCGGACGGCCUGCGCACUGCCAUUGAGGAUAUGUAUUCCAAGAGCAGGCGACGGCGAGAUCUUCAAUCUGGGGACAAGAUCCAGCUUAACCAAGCUGGCACGCUUGAUGAAAUGCUCUUGAGAAAGAGACGGAAUGCUCAAAAGUUUUCUGAUAUGACAUUAAGUGAUGGUGGGACAAAGUUACGCCACAGUCGUCAUGUUGAUUUUUUUCUUGAUUAUUAUAUACAGGGAAAAACCAGUAGAAACAAUCAUGUAUUAAAAACCAGAAAUGUGAGGAGAAAGAAACAAAAGUCACCAGGAGAGAUUUUCUAUGAAAAACACUUUGAACCACAUCUCAAACGAGAACAGAGGAGUGCAGAAGGUGGGACAUUUCUGGGGCGUGUCCUCAAUCGAAUACGACGCCACACAUCAGGCACAGGCUCGCAAGUGGUCAACUCAUAUGAACAAGUGCAUCUGACUUGGAGGAUGAUGCUAGUUUAUAUCGCCAAAGGUGGGGACGAAAAUAUAUUCUCCAAAGACCGCAUUGAGACGGUCCACAAAAUAGAGAAAGACAUCAUGUCCAAUAGUAAGUUUACGGAUUUUUGUUGGAGGUACAUCAACCAGUUGAAGCAAGACCCUGCCCUUGCACAAAUCCAGGGCUGCAUGCCUCCCAAUUCUCUUAUGACCUACUUUUAUCCGUCGGUGACACCAAAUGGUGAUGUGCACUAUGACGGGCUUGGAAAUAAUAUCAUUGAAAAUGUCACUGAUGGACUGAAGAGGGCAAUGAGUAAGGAAACAUUCUAUUGGUUUGUUGAUGAAACCAUGAACCAUACGAACAUGAAGAGUAGAUAUCUUAGGACGGAAGUUUACUUUGGUACCCCUCUCAAAGGCUAUGCAUCUCACAUGGACAGAAGACCAGAACAAAAUGCAAAGUUCAAGGAGUUUGUUGUAACCUAUGUGAACAAAUUGGACAGGAGUUCCACAAGCAAAGUUCAAGUGCUCUAUGGCGGCAAUGAGAUAUUCGACUAUGAGGUUGACCAGACUUUCAAGAAUGACAUGUUUCUGGCCAUCAGUUCUGCCUGCGCCAUCUUCAUCAUGAUGCUAGUGCUGACCUCUUUCUCAGUAUGGCUCUCUUUCAUUGGACUGCUCAGUGUUGUGAUGUGCUUUCCAAUGGCUUUAUUCUUCUAUCAUGUUGUCUUUGGCAUCGAGGCUCUUGGAAUACUUAAUGGUGCUGCCAGCUUUCUUAUAAUUGGGAUAGGUUGUGACGAUGUGUUUGUGUUCAUCAACACAUUUCGUCAGGCUCACCACAUGAAGGACGUAGGAACCAGAUUCAUCCAUACUGUCACCACGGCAGGACUGGCGACAUUCUUUACUUCCUUCACCACUGCUGCAGCUUUUGCUGCAAAUGUGCCAUCUUCUAUCCCUGCGUUACACGAGUUUGGUUUGUUCAUGUGUCUUAUCGUGGCGUGUUGCUGGGUUGUGGUGAUGAUUAUGCUGCCCCCGGCUCUCAACAUCUGGUACCGCUUCUUCUCUAAAUGUGAGAGACUCAUGUGCAUAUGCUGUGGACAAACAUGCAAAGGUCACUCCAGUGUCCAGCUGCCCACAGAUGUCCAGCACUUCCUGUCAGGUGACCAGACCUCCACAGCAGGCAGCCAAUCAGAAGACAGCAGCAACGAUGUUCCUUUGUUACAGCUGGAUGAUGGCGAACUGACUCCUGUCCGCCCGGCUGAAAAUGAUGAGGAUAAUGAUGAAGAUGAUGACAUGUUGCUGAUGUUGGAGGAAGAACUGCACCAAUCUUUAAUAGAAGAAGGCAGAACCGCGGAAGGCUGUGGCCUCACUGUCAGAAUACAGGCUAUCCUAUACCACUACGUCGCUGUGCCUGUUAUACAUGCCAGAUUCUUUGUGAUAGGUGGUUUCCUGAUCAUGUUAGCUGUGUCUAUAGGCCUGAUAACCCAGCUCACACCAGCAACAAAACCUCCCCAGCUAUUCAAGGAGAACACCAACCUUCAGCAGCUCCUGGACCUGAAGGCAAACCUCAGUGCAGAUGGCAUCUCAUGUGUCACCUGUUCUGGGAUAUUCAAGGAACAAACCGAUCAGAUCCACAAAGCUCCAACAUACACCACGCCCCAGACACACCACAACCCAGCCAUGAACCCGACCACUGCCAGGCCAGCUCUGCCACCAGGGGGAGCCACACCAGCCCAUCAAGACACUCCAGUCACCAGAGCUCAGCCAAUCAUUCCGUACAAGUCCACCCCAAAACCCAAGACAACACCAAGUAGGAAAUUCAAGACAACAACUGGUAGUAGUACAAGUGCUGCUAAAACCACUACUGCUACACCAACUACAACUACUACUACUACUACAACUACUAGUACUUCUACCAGUACUAGUAUGGUGAUAAGGAGAGCAACCACAGUAUACCCAAUACUGCCAGUGAGACCAUCCCAUGCCACAGAAGCCUCUGUGGAAGACCUUGACCCCUGUGCCAAUGGGAAAUGUGCCAAAGCGGCCAGCAGACCAGUGCUGGAGUCCUCGGCCACCGUCUACGUGGUGUUUGGGAUCAGGGGACUGGAGAGGACUGGCGCCAGUGCUGAACACGUGUUGUCUUCUAAGGAUACUCCCAUAUAUGAUGAAGACUUUGCUGCCGCCUUCAACAUGACUGGAGGAAUUGAUCAUAUCGACACUGCCGCCCUGCGAGACCUGUGUAAGAUCUGCCAUCUAGUGGCCAACAACAGUGAGCUGGUGAAGCCAGGGUCUGCUCAGUGCUUGCCGUCAGGGUUUAACCAUAACAAAGCUACUCGGGUUCUGAGAUCUGGUCUUCAGCUGUUUCCAGAAUGUGCCAACCUCCCAGGCACCAAGUAUGUCAACAACAAGGCAGUGCCGCAACAUGCUUUUGCCAAACUGAACUCCUCUGGUCUUUUUUGGAUUGCCUUUGCCUUUGAAUCAACGACUGCUAAAGGCCAGUCUUACUAUGGAGCAUACAAACAGUAUGAGAAAUGGGAGAAGUUCAUCAAUCACAUCAAGACAUUAGUUCUUCCCAAAGACUCUCCACUGAAAAACAUGUAUCAGACGUCCGAAUUCUGGACCAAGGUAUUCAUGGAGCGUGUUGCAGUUGGGAGCGCCAUCUAUGGUCUGGUUCUGUCCAUGUUGAUAUGUAUUGCUGCGGUGGCCGUUUUCACGGGACAUGUUCUGUUGCUUCUCAUCAUUUGUCUUACGAUAUCUGGUGUUAUUCUCCUUGUGGUCUCUGUGUUUUACCUGUCUGGGUGGGAGCUGGGGGCAGUGGAGGCAGUCUCUCUGUCCAUCCUGGUGGGCUCCUCAGUGGACUACUGUGUCCAUUUGGUGGAAGGAUAUCUGCUGGCUGGUAUCCACCCACCACACAAUAUAAGAGAGAAUACCAAAAGUCUGCGACAGUGGCGAGCCAAGGUAGCAGUCAGCCAUAUUGGAUCCUCCAUCUUCAGCAGUGCCGUCACCACAAUCGUGGCGGCCAUCCCGCUCACCCAAACCACCAUACAACCCUUUGCCAAAUUUGGAGAAAUUGUAGCCAUUAACACCUCCGUGGCCAUACUGUACACGUUUACUGCAUGCACAGCGUUUUUGAGCUUAUUUGGACCAGCCAAGUUCAAGAGGAAUGCGAAAUCAUCUCUCCUGUCCUUUGUUUGUACUGGCAUUUCUAUUGGCGCCAUUGUCCUGGUGGCUUAUUUGGUGGAUAGGUUUGGUGGCGUCACCAUCCCUGGGCCAAGUGGAAAGUCCCUGUUUACUUAAUUUAUGUCCUUCGCAAUUCCUCAGUUUUGCGAUUACUGAAUUAAGUUGGGAAUGGCUUCAUUGUGACAGCCUGGAUUUCCAUGCAAAAUUGAUGCCAUAAUAUUUUUAACUGCUCUUGAGAAUGUUAUUGGAAAAAGAAAGUUCCAGCAUUUUUAUGGAACCACAUAUGUAAUGGUUCAGGUUGGUGAAAUUUGUUAGCGUUUACGGAAGCCAAAUUUCAUGGUCAAAACAUUUAGCAUAUGCCUUUGUUGAUGCAUGAGGACCAUAUGUUUUGCCAAAACUGUUGACCUUAAGUCAAAGGUCACUGUCUGUCAUUAGUUAUCUGCACAGCUUUGCAAGUGAUAUACUGGAAGUAGGUUUAGCUUCCAUUGUUUGUGUGUGAGUGUUAUGUUUUUGUGUCUUCAAAAACACAUUUAUAUUACCAGAGGAGUGAGAUAAUGUCUGAUUUGGUAUUGAGUAGAAUUAUCUUUUGGUGCAAGUGCAAUGUUGAAAUCUCUAAAUGUUCAGAAGAAUCAUGAUAUAGGAAGGUAAUAUGGUAGCAUAUGUGGACAGGGGAGACCAUAUAUUUUACACGGGUUCUCCUGCUGAUGACACACGUGUUUGAUUUUGGUAAUUAUGUGGAAAAUUGCAGGAAAAAGUAGGCACUUUUAUAUAAAUUUUCGGAAUGAAACUUUAUUUGCAGUUCUUAAAAUAGUUGCAAGAAAUACAUUGGAGUUCUAACAUUGGAAUUCUGUUUAUGUCAAUUUUUAUUUUAUUUUAUUUAUUUAUUUUUAAAUUUUGUAUUCUACAGAAUUGUUUAUCAAAAUGCUAACAUAUUUAGAGUAAGGUAAAUGUUCGCUAAUUAUGAGUAAUUACAAUAUUGACAUAAUAUAUAUGUAUAGGUUUACUCAGCUUUUUAUAUGUGGAAUUAAGCAUUUAUGGUUGCAUUUGUGUAUUCAUUUAACAUACCCUUUUAACACAUUUUUCAGAGUUGGUUGUUUUUAGAUUCCUUACCAUGGAUUUUUAACUCCAAUUAAAACUAUUCAAAGUUAGUGCUCCCAUUGUUUAAAUGCAUAGGUGACUUAUUCUUAUUUUUAGCCCUCCCUCAAAAAUUAUUUUUCAUUUUCCUCGUGUUGUCUAUAAACCAUGAUUAAAAUGAAUGAAUCUAAAAAGAUAUGGAAAAUUUUAACAAAAUAAUGGAGUAUUUUGAACCAAUAGAUUGAUGCCACUGAAUUAGGCAACAGCACAAUUAAGACCGUUUAGGGGCAUGCACUUCCAUAAUAUUCCUUCCAUGUAUUUGGCAUAAAAUGGUUAGAUAUUCUCAUUAUAUUUCUCUUUUUCAAAGAUAUUUCAUCUUUUUUGGCCUAUUGGCUUGUUUUAUUAUGGUGAUCUUUACUUUAUGUCAUUUGAGGAAGGCCUAUAGUGAGAGGUUCUGAAGAUUGCAUUGUCGCCAACGAUUCUUUAAUCCCGAGUGGAAAAUGUAGUAGCAGAGAGAAAAAGUGUAACCUACUUUUCUCUGUCCCUUUUAGAAUUGAAGAGUAUACAUAAUACUUUACAAUAUAUUUGACUUUGGUCUGUACUUGUCCACAUUGAGAGAUUCAUACAUGUAGAUCUUCUCUUGUACAUGUUAUUUACGAGUUCCCUUCCUGCUGUUCAGUUGGUUGACCAUGUGAACAGUGAGAUCUUGGUUUAGGUGGCUCUCUAAUGUUAUAGAAAGGAAGUUAAAAAGGCAAUCUCUUAAAGUGCACUGAAACAGAAUGCGUUGAAAAUAAAGUGCAGCAGUGGAUGGGAGGACCUUACUAUACUGAGACAUUUUAGCAUGCAAUUUUAUUGUACGCACAUAUUUUUUAGUGGAAAUUAGUUGCCAUCUUUUAAUACAUUCAAGCAUGGAAGUGAUACACAGUUUAUGAAGGAACUAAGGUCCAUUGAAAGGAAGCGGAGGUCUUUACUUUAGAACUGAAAAUAUUAAUUACCAUAUAGGGUUUUUACUCGAUCUUUCCAUUGGGCAAAAAUUAUAAAACUUUCAGAUACAGAAAUCAUUAAAAUAUAGAAUCAUUAAAAUUCACAAAUUCCCCUAUUGAAAAGAUCGAGUUAUUACCCUACUUCAUCUUAGGUACAUCCAGUAGUAUUUCUGUGAAAAGAGUUUAUUUAUUUAUUUAUUUAUUUAUUUUUAUUUUGUGUGUGAAAGAUGUCCAUUAUUCUCAUUAAUUUAGCAAACCAGUACUGGUCACCAUGGGCUGUCAGUUUUUCAGUGAAAAGAGUUGUGGCUUUUUUUUUUCAUUUUAUUUUUAUUUAUUUAUUUAUUUAUUUAUUUUUAUUUAUUUAUUUUUUUUCUUUUAUGAACCAGGAGCAAGAACGAAGCAGUCACUGUGAAAUGGCAUCAGAAGCAUUGGGCAUUUUGUACACCUGUUUAUGGACAACGAUAUGUAAUGCUGUUGGUAUCUUUUAUUAUAUUUGUUUGAAGCAGUUUGCUUUGUGGAUAUGAGUACUGAUAGUUUAUUGAGCAUUUUGGAACAUUUAUAUGUAUUUAUAUUAAAGGUGGACACUACAUAUAGCAUGCAGUGAUUUUGAUAAGUUAUGUAAGUGCAUUUUGUGCUACCGUAUUCAUAAUCUCACCUAGGAUAUUGGCUGUAACAUGGCUCACAAGGCAAAUUAAGCUUGGAUUUUAACUUAAACUGAGGUAAAAAAAAGUGAGUGUAUAGAUUUCUUUCACUUAACAUUGCUUGGUCUAAGUGAUAUACUGGAACUGAGUGCACUGAUUAGCAGUGCAGGAAAGAGGAAAAUAAAUUUAUG